GAGAGAGGUUAUGAAAGAAAAUAAUAAAAUAAACUUCGAACAUUUCUAAAUGAUAACUUUUACAGUAGUCUCCGUAUGUAAUUUCAUAAAAGUAAUACGAGUAUUACAAAUCAUUCCAUCAAAAAAGUCAUUUAAAUGCGCAAUUACUUUUUAAAACUUAUUAUCUUCACACAAAUGUAAAAGUGUUAGGACGUAUUAACAUGUGUACACUGAUCUCUUUGUGAUCAUUCGAACCACUAACAACUUGCUUUUGUAUAUAUACUGCAUUUGUUUCCAAGAAAAAUAAUGAAUGACUAUUCUGAGAUAAGUGCAAGGGAUUUAAAGAAGCAAGAGAAAUUCCUGUCAACUGGUUGCCCUAAAAUAGACAAAAUAUUAAAUGGUGGCAUUGCUUGUCAAGGUAUUACACAAAUUUAUGGCGCAGCUGGUACUGGAAAAACCCAAUUAGCUCUUCAAUUAUGUCUAACUGUACAAUUACCUUUAACUGCAGGUGGCUUUGCUGCUGGUGCAAUAUAUAUUUGUACUGAAGCUACUUUCCCAGCAAAACGGAUGCAUGAAUUUAUUCAGAAUUUAGAUGCUAUUAAAAACUAUGACGGUAUAAACGGUGACAUCGUAUUCGUGGAACACAUCGCAACUAUUGAAGACUUAGAGUCAUCUUUGCUUCAUAGAGUGCCAGUGUUAUUAAAUAAACAAAAUAUACGUCUGCUAAUUAUUGAUUCUAUAGCUGCUCCAUAUAGAGUGGAAGAAUGGAAUAAUGAAUCAAGAAACAGAUCUAAAAGUUUAAGAACUGUGGGGCAACAAUUACAUAAAUUAUGUAAAAAUAAUGAUAUUUUUAUAGUUUGUCUCAAUCAGGUAUCGGCAGUUGUAGAAAAUAAAAACAAAUACUGUGACAUUAAAGAACAACCUGCUUUAGGAAUAACAUGGUCAAGCAUGAUAACUAAUUCUAUAUAUUUAUUUAAAAAAGACUCUAUUCGUUAUGCUUCUACUUUCUCACCUUACUUGCCACUCAAAACUGUACAAUAUGAGAUACAUACGUCUGGUUUUAAGGGAAUAGAAUAAUAUAUAUUAUAGUAGAA